AUGGUGUUCUGGGUGCUUGGUGUCUACAAGGUGAAGGACGUAGAGGCGGCUGCGGCAUCAUACGAGACGUCACGGGAGACGCGCCACGCAGCAGGCCAGAAGUCCUACCGAGUGUUCAAGGUCACCAACGCCCCCGAGGGCGAGCAAAAGAUCGCAAUCCUGGGUGACUGGGACGACCCAGCCCAGUUCGAGGCCUUCUGCACCACAAGCGAGUUCAAGGCCAUUGCAGACGGCCUCCAAAUGCUGGAGCCCCCACAAGUCACCGUCCUGCAGGAAUUGUCAGCGCCCCACUGA